UGACGUCACUCCCAUCGUGCGGUGUUUCUCGUGAGACACGUUGUGAACACUCAACGCAUACAUCUGUAAAAAGCCGGCUACUAGUGAAUUAAAACCCUCAGCAUGCCACCCAAGAAAGUAGAGGAGCCCGAGCGCAAGCCACUCAUCGGACGUGUUGGUACUAAUCUGAAAGUGGGGAUUGUUGGCAUUCCGAAUGUGGGUAAAUCGACGUUCUUCAAUGUACUGACGAAGAGCCAGGCGGCUGCUGAGAACUUCCCGUUCUGCACCAUUGAUCCUAAUGAAAGUCGAGUACCUGUACCUGACGCACGAUUCGACUACCUGUGCGAGUACUUCAAGCCAGCAAGUAAAGUCCCGGCUUUCUUGAAUGUUGUGGAUAUCGCCGGUCUUGUGAAGGGUGCAGCCGAGGGUCAGGGACUGGGAAAUGCAUUUUUGUCGCAUAUCAGUGCUUGUGACGCUAUUUUUCACCUUUGCAGAGCAUUUGAAGACGAUGACGUGACCCACAUAGAGGGCGAGGUGAACCCCGUCCGAGAUCUGGAAAUAAUCAGCGAGGAGUUGCGUCUGAAGGACAUUGAAUUCCUCAAAAUACACCUGGAAAAAUUGGAGAAGCUCGUGGUGCGGGGCAACGACAAGAAGCUCAAACCUGAAUACGAGACUUUACUCAAAGUAAAGAAUGUUCUCGUCGAAGACAAGAACCACAUCAGAUUCCAGGACUGGAGUGCUAACGACAUCGAAGUACUGAACAAGUACCUGUUCCUCACUUCGAAGCCCGUAAUUUACUUAGUGAAUUUAUCGGAGAAGGAUUACAUACGUAAAAAGAACAAAUGGCUCAUUAAGAUCAAAGAAUGGGUGGAUAAAAACGACCCCGGCGCCAGUCUGAUACCCUUCAGUGGCACCUUCGAAAACAAAGUUAUUGACAUGGAUGACGCCGAAAAGGCCAAGUAUUUCGAGGAGAGUAAAGUCACGAGUGCACUGGAGAAGAUCAUUCUCCAAGGGUACAAGGCGCUGCAGCUGCAAUAUUUCUUCACUUCUGGUGCCGAUGAAGUUAAAGCUUGGACCAUUCAGAAAGGGUGUAAGGCUCCACAGGCAGCUGGUAGAAUCCACACAGAUUUUGAGAAGGGUUUUAUCAUGGCUGAAGUUAUGAAAUUUGAGGAUUUUAAGAAUGAAGGCUCUGAAGCUGCAGUUAAGGCUGCAGGAAAGUAUCGCCAACAGGGUAGAAACUACGUCGUCGAGGACGGUGACAUCAUAUUCUUCAAAUUCAACGCCGGCGCUGGUCUGAAGGACGCUAAGAAAAAGUGAUGGCACGCCUUUCUAAUAUUUUUACUCGUGCAUCUGUACAUCAACAUGAUUAUAUUUUCCUGUUGCGUUCGACCGCGGAAUUAUCUGAAGUGACUCAAAAUCUUUUGUACUCCAUAUUUAACGUUUAUUAAAUAUCGACAAUUCUA